CUCAAACUCCUCCAUGUUUUCUGUUCUUUAAUCGCCGCCGCUGGUUUUAAAUGUUGUAAAAACUCGACGCGGCGUUAAAAAGCGGCUCCGCGGCGUCACUUCGUCUCCGCGCGUCUAUUCCUGAAGUUAUUUUGUCUGUGAGCUCUCAUCUUGUGCGUCACGUUAAUUCAAAUCAGGGGAAGGCUGGAUGAUUAAACAACGCAUUGUUUUUAACGUCAGAACGGUGCGUUUGCGCUGUUCUGAUACCAAAGCGAGCCUGAAGACAUUGUUUUGGUUUAAUGCUGGCUGCUGUUAUCUGGUUUAACGGCAAUAGGCUUUGUUUAGUGAAGUUUCUUUCUCCCACCGCUGCCCGUUGGUCUGCCAUACCAAAGCAGGCUUGUUUGCACCACAGUAGUUGUUGUUUCAUGGAGCCGAGAGACACACCGAUAAACCAACAGGUGGACUUUAAAAUGGAGCUGCUCUGCUAGAUGUGGCCUCCUAAUGAUGGAACCAGAGCUGGUCAGGAGAAAUAAACAUUUUCACUUAUUUCUUUGACUCUAAAGUGUAGCUUGUCAACAUAAACGCAUGUUAGUUUUUAAAAAGUGAGUACCACCUAACUUAACUUGUUUUUGCUGGUAAUCUGUACGGAUGAGUGUCUAAUGGUGCUGUACACAUGUUAGUGUUGCAGUUUAGUGCAACUUACUUUAAAUGUAAUAUUUUAGCCCAUAACCGUAAUUAUAUCUCCAUCUUCGGGUUAAAAGUCUGCUCCACAUUUAUGUAGAAACAGCUGUGGAUGAUGGCUAAGCCUCAAAACGUGACGUUAUCAGCAAACUACUGCGUGGCUGCACUGCACUGGUGUCCAGGUGAGGCAGCCAUACCUCCACCUGGCUCAGCCACUCACCUGCCAAUAUGACACAUUAGCGCUCUGAGCCGCUCACCUCCCCUUUUCAUCUAAUGAUCGCAGUUAAAAGGAAAUCCUCCAGAAUGCUGCAGAAUCUGUGUCCACUCUUCUCCUGAGCACUGCAGGUCCUAGCUGGUGUUGUUGCUGCGUCACCACGUGGGACAUGUCGUCGUGAAUCUGCCAUCUCCAGAAGCCAGAAAAGCCAUGGAUUUGGUGGACAUUUGCACCUCCAUUGCACACAAUAAAAAACGUGUCAACAAGAAGAAUAAAAACGGGCACAAACUGCUCCAACUCAGGAAGACUGCUGUUCAGCCCCCAGCUAUGCAAAGCCAAGAUAAGAAUGGACCAAAGAAGAUAGCAGAGGAGUGGGAGCAGAGGGUCUCGUCAAAUUAUCCUCCACAGGAAUCCCAGCAGUGGCGGCACAAGCCAAACCAUGGCGGAAGUACACUCAGGUUCACUUGCUCUCAGUGCAAGGAUACCUUGGAAUAUGUACCAAAAGACUUGGUGAGACACUUUGUGGACAAGCACAGGGGCAGCCCACCAGUGUUUUCUUGUCACUUGUGCACAUUUAGCACACACGAGUUCUCCUUCCUUCAGGUUCAUCUCUUAAGCCACAAGGACACGUUUUCUAGUUGCAGCAUGUGCAACGAUAACAUCCAACGCACAUGGCCUGAGUUUAGUGCACAUUUGACUAUGUAUCACUGUCCAAAUGGCAAAUACUCAUGUGACCUGUGCCAGCAGUUCUCCACCGGGGACUUCAGGGUGUUUUUAGAGCACAUUUAUGGACAUAAUUUGAACCUGGAAGCAGCAGAAGAUGUUGAUCAGACUCUACGAUGUACAUACUGCAGCUUUAAGGCAUCAGAGAAGCGGUCCAGUUCUAAGCAUGCUAAGGCUGACCAUGUUUGCAAGACUGGUAACCUGAGGUCACAGACGAAACAAGUUCAUUCCAUAACACCCAAAGCAGUUGCCAUAGUCCCACCAAAGAAGACCAGAUUAACCAGAAGUUCAGUUAGGGAGACAUGCUGGCUGACGCAGGACUGCCUGACACUGCCUGGGACAGAGUUCCUGGACAAAUACUGCCACCUGUCUGAUCCACAAACAACACUAGAGGAGACUCAGCAGUUUCUGAUGCAAUCUGUCGCUGUGGAAACCAACAAUAAGAAAUGGACCAAGGCUCUUAAAACUGUUCUGUCAAAUGUUCCUCAGGAGGUCAACCUGUACCAGUCAGAGAAUGGCAUCAUGACGGACUCACAGGAUCUGGCUGUCCUCACGGUCAAAAACAAGAUAAUGGUGGCUCCCAAUGUUUCCGCUUAUCCCAGAAGGUUAAAGACAAAAACAUUCAUGGGCAAGAAAGCUGUCUGCCCUGAGGCUAGUGCUAGUGACACUCCACCAGACCAGAUUCAGCCCAGCUUCAAGGAUCAAACACCUUCUCUGCAGGUUGAAAACAAACCCCACAAUGACGUUUCCACUUCCAUGUUGAACAGGGAAAACCAGGAGCUAAAGAUGGACAAGGAGCUGGAGGGCAGUGUGUCGGGUGAAGGAGUUCAUAUCUCUAUCAAAGAAAAGUCAUCCGCUUGUAGAGUCCUACCAAGAAGCAAAACACAAAGUCGACGAUGGAAAAGAUGGAGCAGAUUUAGAAAAGCUUCGAAAUGCGGAGGGAAGACCUUGAAGUUGGUUCUGAAGAAGAAUCUCGUGAAGGAGAACCUGUGGGUUUCACAAAGAGAUGACGAGGGAAAGGAUGUCCAUCAGGACGCGUCGGAUCCUCGCUGGCCCGUUGAGGAAAUGGUUCAACCAUCGCAUCACAACAGUGGUUCUACUGAUGACCCGCCUGAAACCAGAACUUUGAAUCUCCAGUUAGAACCUCGCAGCAGAUCCGUAAAAUCCUUCAGACCCAAAGACACACUUGAUGGUUUUCAGUCUUGGCAUCAAGACGUGCCGGGUGACCCGAAAAAAAUCCCGUUCCUGUGUUCCCUGGAAACUGAUCCAAGGUCUGCGUUUGAGACUCAGGUGGAGGUGCUGGUCCAAAAGUCCCACAAUGGUCCGUUUUCUCAGGAUAAGGAGAGACCUGCUGCUGUGGUUCAGCCUGCCGUCACAUCCCAUGAUGAGCUGGAUCUGCAGGAUCUCUGUCCGGAGUUUUCUGCGCAGCAGAAGGAUCAGACCAUUGAAGCAAUAGAAGAUGGAGAAGUGGACCUCUGCAGCAGAGUCCAUUCAACAGUUGAUAAAGUCAUCCCGCAACGCUCCCCACCGGCGUCCGGGCAUCGGUGGCAGCCGGUCUCCAGACGCCAGGAGAGAAUCCUGAAACUAGUAGCUAUGAAUCCGUCUCAGGCGGUGAAACAUCCAGCCGGAGACCAGCCUGUUGUGGUGCUGAAUCAUCCUGAUGCCGACAUCCCUCAGGUGGCCCGGAUCAUGGAGGUUGUGAACAGGUACAGUGAGGUGCAGAAAGUCCUCCUGUCCCACAGCACCCUCGCUGCACUCACGGCUUUGGACAGAGCUACGGCCGAGACGGACCACCCAGCACAACCCCAGAACCCGGCCGGUGUACAGGAGAGGUUCACUCUGAAGCUGAAAUUUCGUAGGUUGACGAGAAAAAAGUAUGAAAUCGUCGGGACGUCUCCCAGCCAGGAGUCGGUGUCCAGAUUUCCCUGCUGGUUUUGCGGCCGGGUCUUUACGAGUCAGGAAGUCAUGAUGGCCCAUCGGCAGCGACACCUGAUGGAGUGGAAAAGGCCAGGUUGUGAAAAGUCACUGACACUGGAUAAAUAACUGGAUCUCUGCAGAUCAGUAAAACUGUAACAAACAUUUAUUUUUAGUCUUAAUUUGGAUUUUGUUGAUUUAAACCCAAUCAGACUUCCUGGAAGCGUCACUUUCUCAGGGUUUCGUAUCUUUUCUUUUGGUUCGUCCCACAGUCGCAGCAUACAUCAGUGGUUCCUAGUGGAUCUCUACACCAGGGCUGAGGGCCACGGUCAUGUUCUCUGAAACACUGAAGCACGUUUGAUUUGUAUUCUGGAGCAGUGUGUGUACGGGUCUGCCAUGCAGUGUGUAGCGUAGCGUUCAUAUUUAUGUUCUAGUUACAAAAGAGGCCUGCAAGUAACUCGCAUUUUGUUUUAAAAACGAGUCAAUAAGCUGUUUUAUUCCACAUUUAUUUAUGAUGCUUUUAUGUGGAUUAUUUCUGUAAUCAGAUUACUUCUUGUAUGAAUUAACAAAGAUUUCUGGAUUCAGCUGUUGCUCCCUCUCUUCUCUUGGUGGGUUAAAGCGAUAGUCUGGCAUUUUCAGUUGUCUCUUUGUGGAAAUUAUAAAUAUUAGUGGAACAGACUCGGUAUGGAGAAAUGCCGUAGUUUAUAUCCAACAGCACUGAUCAGCUGUACUCGUUUAAACAACUGGGCCUCCUACAUUUCUUGUUUUCUGUUGACGAGCAGCAGGUGAAGCAGCACUUCCUGGUUUUCCAGCAGGAAUUUCUGUAUUUGUCCUAAAAUGUGAUGGUUCAUUAAAUCGUUUUCUGAGAUGGGGUAACCCAGCCAGACUAGCCGUUAGCUCUUCAGUCCUGUCAUAUCUUAACCACCUUUCUCCAAAUUGAGGAUGUUCAAUAAACGUUUAAAACUUUCACAGAGAAACGCUUAAAAACAGCCAACAAAUCCUUCAACUUCUGACUUGAAAUGAUGCAAAUGAUUGAAUUACACUAUGACAGAUUUCUCAGCCACGACCUCACCGUUUCAGACCUCUGCCUAUGACAAUCAAAGCAGCAGCAACGCCUAAUCAAGCCACGCCCCCUCAGUGUUUACACGGCAACAGGGCUCCUGUGUGUGUGGGUCAUGUUAAUUUUCAGUGAAAUGGUUUAGAAACAAAUGUAGUCUGAGAAUUUUCACCAAGUGCCUGGUAAAUGCAUGAGUUUGACAGCAUUAUUUAUGGAAUAAUGAUUUGAUCUGAAAGUAUGAGCAGAGUUUAUUCCAAUAAAGAUAUACUGAAGUGUCA